AAGUGCAAUAAUUGGAAAAUUCGAGCGGUCAUUUUAGAAAUAAAUCAAAAUCGCAUAAAAAAUAUUGCCGAAUCAUCAAAUCACUGAUAAGCAGAAGUGAUUUAGGCGACUUGGUCGAUUUCGAGAAGCCUCUCGCGCACAAAUGAUCUGUGUGUCUACAUGAUGCUGUCCAGACAUGAAUUCAAUUCUCAACGCAACUUUGUUCACUCAGUAAACAAUGAAGAAAAUGCUCCACAAAUAUCUAAAAUCGAAGAAACCAAAGACUCAUUGGCGGCCUCAGAGAGAUGGCAGAUCAGCCCAAAUCACUGUACAGCUGAUUGUUGUAGAAACUCUAGAGGCAUGCUUAACGUCAGGGAUAAUCCUACAUUGCCUGCUGGAGGCGGUGGGUUGGACAAACACAAUAAAGGGAUGCGAUCUUCUGGUGCAGCUAGUAACAGAAGUAUUACUGUGAAGAAAAUUGUCAAACAGGCUGUUCACGUGAAUCUGAGUGCUGAGACGAUGCUGCUCCUCCUCAAGCUUAAUGUGUUAGAUCUAUGGCAUCUUCAAGGAAGACUUCUGGUACUCCAAAAACCUGUUCUAUCCCAGUGUUGGACUCCUCUUCUGAUUUUUCAGGUGAGUUGGAUGAGGAUCGUGAGGAAUUAUUAUUUGCUGCAGAGUUUGCUCAGAACGCCAGCUACCGCGCUUGUUCUGACUCGUUUUGGAAGAAACUGGAAUGUUAUUUUGCGCCUGUUACUUCACAAAAUGAGUCAUAUUUGAAGCACCAGCUGGAUUUAGCUGAUGCAAUCGGUGGGAGUUUAUACCAGAUCGCUGAAGGUGAAGAUUAUAAAGCUCCUACUUUGUUGCAAAGACUCAUCUCUGCUAUAAUUGACAACGAUGAAAGCGAAGGGAUGAGCCAGAAUGGAGACAAGAUGGAAUCUCCCAUUCCUUCUCCCGAUUGCAACAGUCAUAUGCUGUCUGUGGAGGACAAUAUACGAGUGCAGCUGCAGAGCAUUGAUUUGUGUCCUAAAAUGGUUAUGUACCUCUGUUGUUAUUUGGUGAUGUACAUAUCAACUCUACUGACUAAUCUAAUUCUUCUCUUACUAUUGCAGCAUCCAGAGGGAGAGGAUGCAAUUGAUAAAGAUAUUCGUGAACUUGAAGAGAAAUUAGUUCAGCAGGCACAGAAGAAGAAACAAUACAUUGCAAAAAUUUAUGAAUCUAUUCAACAUGGAAAGGAUGCGGAGAAAAGGAAUCUGGAACAGGCCGCUAUGAGUAAAUUGAUCGAAAUGGCCUACAAAAGACAAAGGGUUUCUCAUGGGAGUCAUUCCUCGAAGAGAGUGGUCCGCAGGGUCAAUAAGCAAGCUGCUUUGCCUUUUGCUGAACGUACUCUCGCCAAAUGCCUAGAGUUUGAAGAAACUGGGAGGAACUGCUUUAGAAGAGCUGCUUCUAGUUCAUCAGUGACUAUUGGGAGCGAUGUUGCAAGGGGAAAUGAGGAGCUGCACAAUGUAGGAAAGAAUCCUGUGAACCCUUCAACAAAACAACCAACUGAAUCUGUUUCAUUUGAGCGCAGAGACUCUGCUUCUCUAAUGGACUUGGACGAAGGUGGUAUGCAAGACCACGACUGGGAAGGUCUUGCCGUACCAAUGGAUAACCUCUCAGAUGUCCAUUUUGAUUUCUGGUUUUAAAACACCAAAUAGCAAACUGUCUAGUUUAAGGUUAUACGCUUAAUCUUUGUUUACAUUUACAGCAUGACCUGCUCCAUUACAUGUUGGAAGAGCAUGAGGUUGUUUUGUUUUCAUAUCUUGUUACUAGUAUUUCCGGGUAUGUUCAUUUUGGACGAAGUUAAUUUUGUCCUAAAUUCUAUGAUUUUGCCAGAAGUAUGAUUUCUUUAA